CUCGCCGCCUCUGCCGCUGCUCGGGGUGGGGGUGGGGGGGCAGCAUGUCUCACAGACCGAACUUGACCGCGCACGUGCCCGCCGCCUCCCUCAGCGCCUCUGGGAGCGUGCACCCGCCCUCCACCAGUAUGGCGACGUCUUCCCAGUACCGCCGGCUGCUGAGUGAGUACGGGCCGCCAUCUCUAGGCUACGCCCGGGGAACUGGGAAGAGCCAGGUGCCCCAGAGCAAAUACGCGGAGCCGCUGGCCGUCAUCGAAGAGCUGGGGAAAGAGGUCAGACCCCCGUCCGCGGGCAGCAGGAGCGCGAUGCAGAGCCUGGAACGCGGCAUCGUCCACGCUGCAGGAUUGGUGCGGGAGGGCUUGGCUGAAAACGGAACGGAAGGCCGGGCGCUAGCUGCCUCGUGAGCCUGGAGGGUUUUCUGCCUUCUUCCGAGAGGAGAAGUUACGGCUCAUCUCCCCUGUUAGGUUGAAACUUUGUUUUCAAAGCGGUAACCGUUUGGUUUCUCCUCCCCCCGCCCCUCCCGUGGUUCACCAGGCUCCGAAUCGACAGUCUGUAAGAUUGAGGAAAGAUUUUGCAGUUGAUUGGGAGUUACAUUUUAAAUAGUGAGGAACUACCCAGGUGUUUGUUGUUGUUUUUUAAAGCAUUGAUUCAAAAGAGGCACGUAAAAAUUACCUGUCUUACAGCAAACUAGUUUGCCUCCAAGAUACCAGCGUCUCGCUCUCCUCUUCUGAAUACAUUUAUGUUACCCGCAUUGUUCUUUGUUCCUUUUGGUAAGCUGAUACAACUUGAAGGGGUUUUUUUGUAGUGCGGACUUGACAGCACACUUAACUAGUAGCUGGUCCCCUCGUUUCCCAUACACUAUAGAUUCUGCUUAAUGUAACUUCUUUUCUGCUUAAGCAUUUGCAUGACUAUUAGUGCUUUGAAGUCAAUUUUAAAAAUGCACAAGUUAUAAAUACAGAAGAAACUCAAACCAAACAUAACAAGGAUCCCGAAAUUUUUCCUGAGACUGUAUGUAGAUUUCAGUUCUGCCUUUCCUGGAAGUUGAUCCAAACAUCUGGAAGAAAAUGGAACUGUUUGCAUCUUUGUAUUUAUUACUCGAUGUAAUAAGGCUUAUUUUCAUUAACAGCUUGUAAAAAAAAAAAAUUUACCUGAUACUAUUCAGUGCUCUCAAGGUUUUAGGAACAUGUGUAUUGGUGAUAAUACAUUAUGCCCUCCAUCCCAGCUUUCUCGGAUUCUUGAGAUUGAUAACAUAUAGGCUUCUUACUGAUUUAAAAUCUUUUUCAAGUUUCUAAAGACAAAAUUUUUCUGUAGCUUUACUACAAAAUAGUCACAUUGCAAUUUGAUCCAUGGUAACAAUUAGAACCUGAG